AGGACAGAGGAGGGCUUGUCCGAGGAGGAGUGUAGCCAUGUGUAUCCUUUGGUCUUUGCCUCCCGCAGAGGCCUGGCAUCUGCUGCUGGUGCCUUCCUCUACCACAAGUCAGUCAUCUCUCCAUUUCACAUGAUAUCCUUUAUCCUCUAGCCAUCCCUACCAGUAUCACUUAGUAAUAUCAAUCUAUCGUGUGUGGUUGGGUGUGUCAGGCUGUGUUGUGCGAUGAGCAGCAAGCCACAGGAGGCAGACAUGGGCAGUCGCCGGGCCGCCUUCUUCAACCUGCUGGUCUCCUUCUACAUCCAGAGUGAGGUAAAGAAAGAUGCUUCUCUCUCUCUCUCUCUCUCUCUCUCUCUCUCUCCUGUCUCUCUCUCUCUCUCUCUCCUCUCUCUCUCUCUCUCUCUCCUGUCUCUCUCUCUCUCCUCUCUCCUGUCUCUCUUCUCUCCUGUCUCUCUCUCUCUCUCUCUUUCUCUCCUGUCUCUCUCUCUCUCCUGUCUCUGUCUCUCGCUCUCCUGUCUCUCUCUCUCUCUCUCUCUCUCUCUCUCUCUCUCCUGUCUCUCUCGCUCUCCUGUCUCUGUCUCUCGCUCUCCUGUCUCCAUCUCUCUCUCUCUCUUCCCCUCCUGUCUCUCUCUCUCUUCUGUCUCUUUCUCUUUUAUUCUCUCUCACUUUCUCUAAUUCAAUACAGUUCUGGGUCAAACACUUUUGCCUGGCUUAAUUCAUGAAAAUACAAUAAAAACGUUUGAAAUAAAUAGCUUUUCCUUUUCAGUUUAUUAGGAGGACAUUGACAAUAAUUGCCUUUUUAUUUAUUUAUUUAUUAUUAUUACAGUUUACUUCUGGAAUUGACUGAUCUAAAUUCAAAUUGAUCCCAACCCUUCAAUAUACUGCAACACCACAACAAACUCUCACCUUCAUUCCUCCACCUCUUUUCUCCCUCCCCUGUCUCUGUGUGUCAGUUCCAUGAGCACGGGGCCUACCUGGUGGACAGUCUGUGGGGUGUAGCAGGCUCUGAGCUGAGGGACUGGGACACCAUGACAUCACUGCUGGUACAGGAGGCUGGCCAGGGACAAGGUACAGAGUUUGUUCAACGUUUACCUGACGACAACCAUGUCGGUCGAAACGUUACAUUUCAAUCACUCAUAGCUCUUAAAGGAUCACUUAUUGUGAGCAAACAGUGAGCGGACAUUGUUGUUGUAAACCACUAGUAAUGGACGUUGUUGUUGUAAACCACUGGUAAUGGACGUUGUUGUUGUAAACCACUGGUAAUGGACGUUGUUGUUGUAAACCACUGGUAAUGGAAAUAAUUUAAAAUGCAACCUAUUUUCUGACCAGUGAAUUAACGUUCCCUCUCUUUCAUUGUUUUUCUUAUUUUUUUCACUCUCUAAUGUCGAAUUUCUGCCCCCUCUUCCUCUUUCCUGCUUUUCUUUCCUUGACUGCCCUGAUCUCUUUCCUCCCUCUUCUCUACUUCUUUCCUCUCCCUCCUUCCCCGACUGUCCUCUUUCUAUCCCUCACCUCGUUCUCCUUCCCCCUCUCUCUCUCUGUGUGUGUGUGUCAGGUCUGGUGGAUGAGGAGGAGGGGGCGUUGAUAGAGUUGAUGAUGUGUGCUGUCAGACAGGCAGCUGAGGGACACCCACCCGUAGGCAGAGCUCAGGCCAAGAAGGUGACCCACCACCCACACCACACCAAUACUAAACUAUCAGACAGGAAAAAGACUGCAGGGUCACUAAAUUGCAUUGACAAGAGUGGUUGUGUGUGUGUUAGAUCUUGAGCAUGAAGGAUAAGAAGAUCCAAGCCCAGGACAAGAGACGCAUCACCACCCAUUUCAUCACCCUCCUGCCCCAGCUGCUGGCCAAGGUAAUGACAAAGAGCAUAUUGAUACCGCUGCAUGAUAAACCAUUAGAAAUUGAUCCUAACACACCUGUCACUCAAACCCAUCAACACAUGCUACUUCCCUAGCAUGUUUAACGGUUAGUUCUUUUUUUCUUGAUUGUUUGAGUUAUUUAUUUUAUUUGUUUGAUGUUACAAACAUAUCUCUGCUUCUAAGCUUUUUUAAACUUGAUUUGUCAUUAUGUCACACAGUACUCGGCGGACGUGGAGAAAGUGACCAGCCUUCUGAAGGCUCCGCUUCAUUUUGACCUGGAGACCUACAGCAGCACUGGUAGACUGGAGAAGGUGAUAGAGAGAGACAGGAGAGAGAGGGAGACAGGAGAGAGAGGGAGACAGGAGAGAGAGAGAGACAGGAGAGAGAGAGAGAGACAGGAGAGCGAGAGAGACAGUGGAGAGAGAGAGACAGGGGAGAGAGAGAGACAGGAGAGAGAGAGACAGGAGAGAGAGAGACAGGAGAGAGAGAGAGACAGGAGAGAGAGAGGGGAGAGAGACAGGAGAGAGAGAGAGACAGGAGAGUGAGAGAGACAGGAGAGACAGGAGAGUGAGAGAGGGAGACAGGAGAGGGAGACAGGAGAGGGAGACAGGAGAGGGAGACAGGAGAGGGAGACAGGAGAGCGAGAGAGAGAGAGACAGGAGAGAGAGCGAGAGAGACAGGAGAGAGGAGAGAGAGCGAGAGAGAGACAGGAGGAGCGAGAGGAGACAGGAGAGAGAGAGACAGGAGAGAGAGCGAGAGAGACAGGAGAGAGGAGAGAGCGAGAGAGAGACAGGAGGGAGAGCGAGAGAGAGACAGGAGAGAGAGAGAGAUACAGGAGAGAGAGAGAGACAGGAGAGAGAGACAGGAGAGAGAGACAGGAGAGAGAGAGAGACAGGAGAGAGACAGGAGAGAGAGAGAGAGAGAGAGACAGGAGGAGAGAGAGAGAGACAGGAGAGAGACAGGAGAGAGAGACAGGAGAGAGAGAGAGAGAGACAGGAGAGAGAGAGAGAGAGACAGGAGAGAGAGAGAGAGAGACAGGAGAGAGACAGGAGAGAGAGCGAGAGAGACAGGAGAGCGGAGAGAGAGAGGCAGGAGGGAGAGCGAGAGAGAGAGAGAGACAGGAGAGAGAGAGCUAGAAAGAAAGGAGAGAGCGAGAGAGACAGGAGAGCGAGAGAGACAGGAGAGCGAGAGAGACUGGAGAGACUGUAGAGAGAGAGAGAGAGAGAGAGAGCAGUGGUUCUCAACUGUUUAAAAAAAAAAAAUUAAUUACUCUGACACUACUCCUACCUUCUCCCACUCAAAACCUUUCGCGACUCACCAGUUGAGAAUCGCUCGCAUAGAGAGCACCUUUUACACAGCUGCUCCCCCUGUAGGCUAAAAUACAACAUUACACAAGAGUUGUCAACUCAAGUCACAUGACUUGGACUCAAGCACAACUUCUCUGUUUAUUCCCUCCCCCCCUUCAGUAUCUGGAUCUGCUGCUGGCCCAGGUGUGUGGCAUCGUGGAGAAGCACACGGAGUCUGGUGUUUUGGAGGCGUGUGCCCGUGUGGCGUGUGCCCUCUGCCACGACAAGUACACCUUCUCCGGCCGUGCCGACCUGGUCGUCAGCCAGCUACUGGACAGUCUGACUGACCGCUUCAGCUCCCACCUCAACGAGCUGCUGCAGGUACACACACACACACACACACACACUUUUGAAGCAUGUUGGUGAUGUUCUAACCCUCCCUCUAUCUCUGUGCUCAGGGCACUGCUGAUGAAGAUGAGGUGUACAGUGCUGCCACUGCCCUGACGAGGAUCGCAGCCUUCAGCAGGUACACUAGUGGUGUGUGUGCACGCGCAUGGUUGUUAGACUGAUGCUGAGGUGUGUAUGUGUGUUUUCAGUGCCAAGGACCUGACUUCAUGGAAGCUGUUUGAGCCCUGCUUUCAGCUGCUGAAGAGUGGAGUGGAGUCCAGAGACAUCGACAAAGAGGUGUGUGUCCAUGUACACACUCACUGACACACACACACACACACACACACAUUGACACAAACAUACACUGACACACACACUCACACUGACACACACACACACUGACACACACACACACUGACACACACACACACUGACACACACACACUGUCACACACACACACUGUCACACACUGACACACAAACACACACUGACACACACUGACACACACACACACACUUAUUGAACAUUGCAGGAAAAAGUGUCAUGUAAAAUAACCAAACUCCAUCAGUGUUGUCCCAUGUCGUUUCAGCUGAUGGUUCCUGCUCUGAAGUGUGCAGCGUUCCACGUGCUCUGGGAGAAAGUCAGGGUGGCCAACUCUACACCAACCAAGGUACCCAUCUCAUAGCAUGGCACUGACCACCUGCCUUCUCUACCCACUGAGUUAGACCAUGGCACUGCCCGCCUGCCUUCUCUACCCACUGAGUUAGAGCAUGGCACUGCCCACCUGCCCUCUCUACCCACUGAGUUAGAGCAUGGCACUGCCCGCCUGCCUUCUCUACCCACUGAGUAGAGCAUGGCACAGCGACACUCACAGGCUCAGUCUCACACACAGAUACACACAUGCAGACAGUUAUGACUAGGCAUUCACAUGUUGUGAUUACCCAAGCUUGAGCCCCGGCAUAAACAUAAACACAGAUAAAUCAUUUUCUUGGUACUGCUUAGUCACUGUCUGUCACUCUGUUGUUCUCAAUCUGUUGCUCUGUCCCCCUCUCUCUCUCCCUCACACACACACAUCAUGUACACACGUAUCUGCACAUUCACAUGUACACAUGCACCAUUCUUUCACACACCCCUCCAAGGCAGAGGUAAAGCGUCUGAAGAAGGAGGUGCGUUCGUUCUGCAUCGUGUGUCAGAGCUGCCUGUCUGUGGGCCAGCCAGAGAUCAGAGACCAGGUUAGCAGAGGGGAGGGGGGGUAUUGAUAGAUGACCCUUUUCAAUUUUAUUGAAUUGGAAAUUUCAGUUUACUUCUUGAAUUGACUGCCUUCAGUUCGAAUUGACCUCAACCCUGUUGAACACACACAGACAGAUAUUUUCAAAUGACUUCUGAACUGAACAGGAGAAGCCAUUUAUGCCAAGUUUUUCCCCUUUAUAAUAUGGGCCAAGUUUUUACCCUUUAUAAUAUGUUUAAUUCAUCACUUGACUGACAUCAAUUGUAAUUGAGCCCAAACCCUGGUGCUGGAGGGUGUGUUGAUGUGUUGUGUGUCUCCCUUGUCAGGCGUUUGAGCUGCUGUGUGACCUGCUGCUGUUGUUUGGUGUGAGCUCGGUGAGGUCUCACCCCACUUUGCAGCCGCUGGCCCACCCCCCCUCCGACUCCCUCCGCUUCGACAUGGCUGCCUUCCUCCUCGACUACGUCUUCACUGAGCCUGACGACGACCAACUGUCCGGUAGGGCAACCAUCACAACUACACUACCUACACCAAGAUGGCACCCUACUCCCUAUUUAGUGUACUACUUUUGACCUGGGCCCUCUCUUUCUCUCUUCUCACCCCCUGCCAUCUCUCUCCCCCUCCCUCUCUUCUUUCUCCAGGUGAGGCAGAGGGAGAGGAGGAGGUGAAGAUGGCUACUCUCCAGCGGCGGCGCAACCAGCUGGCCGGCUACUGUAAACUGGUUAUCUACGGCAUCCUGGACCUCAGCACUGCCACUGACGUCUUCAAAUACUACAGCAAGGUAGAGGAGAGAGGAGAGAGAGAGAGAGAGAGAGAUGUCGGGGGGAGAGAGAUGAGAGAGAGAGAUGCGUAGAGAGGAGAUCGGAGAAUGAGAGAGAUGCGUAGAGAGAGAGAUCGGAGAGAGAGAUGCAGAGAGAUGCAGAGAGAGAGAGAGAGAGAUAGACGUGAGAGAGAGAUCGAGAGGUAGACCGAGAGAUGAGAGAGAGAACAGAGAGAUGCAGAGAGAGAGAGAGUGAACGAGGAGAUGCGAGUGGAGAGGUGACGAGAGGGUGAACCAGAGAGAUGGAGAGAGAGUAGAACCGAGAGAUGGAGAGGUAGAACCAGGAGAGAUGGAGAGGUAGACAUGAGAGUAAACCAGAGAGAUGGAGAGGUAGAACCAGAGAGAUGCGGAGAGGUAGAACCAGAGAGAUACAGAGAGGUAGAACCAGAGAGAUGGAGAGAGGUAGAACCAGAGAGAUGGAGAGAGGUAGAACCGGAGCAGAGAUGGAGAGGUAGAACCAGAGAGAUGAGAGAAUGAGGUAGAACCAGAGAGAUGAGAGAGAUGGAGAGUAGAACCAGAGAGAUGACAGAGAAUGGAGAGGUAGAACCAGAGAGAUCGGAGAGUAACCAGAGAGAUGGAGAGGUAGAACCAGAGAGAUGGAGAGAGGUAGAACCAGAGAGAUGGAGAGGGUAGAACCAGAGAGAUGGAGAGGUAGAACAGAGAAGAUACAGAGAGAUGGAGAGGUAGAACCAGAGAGAUGGGAGUAGAACCAGAGAGAUGGAGAGUAGAACAGAGAAGAGAGUACCAGAGAUGGAGAGGUAGAACCAGAGAGAUGGAGAGGUAGAACCAGAGAGAUGGAGAGGUAGAACCAGAGGGAGAGGUAGAACCAGAGAGAUGGAGAGGUAGAACCAGAGAGAUGCAGAGAGAUGCAGAGAGGUAGAACCAGAGAGAUGCAGAGAGAUGGGAGGGAAGAAUCAGAGAGAUGGAAGAGUAGAACCAGAGAAUACAUGAAUGAGGUAGAACCAGGAAGAUACAGAGAUGGUAGAGGUAGAACCAGGGCAGGGAGAUCAGAGAGAUGGAGAGGUAGAACAAGAGAUGCAUGGCAAAGGAGUGAAGAGAUGGAGAGGUAGAACCAGAGAGAUGCAGAGAGAUGGAGAGGUAGAACCAGAGAGAUGGAGAGGUAGAACCAGAGAGAUGGAGAGGUAGAACCAGAGAGAUACAGAGAGGUAGAACCAGAGAGAUACAGAGAGGUGGAGAGGUAGAACCAGAGAGAUGGAGAGGUAGAACCAGAGAGAUACAGAGAGAUGGAACCAUAGAAAUAGAAUUAAUCAUUGUAAAUCUAGAGGUAGAACCAUUGAAAUAGAAUGAAUCAUUGUAAUUCUAGUGGUAUAACCAUGGAGAGGGUGACAGUCUUGUCUACUUCCUCUAGUUCUACAAAGACUAUGGUGACAUCAUCAAGGAGACUCUGAGCAAAACCAAGAUGAUCAGUCCAGUGCAGAGCGCCAAGACGGUCUGCCUGAGUCUGCAGCAGGUGUGUGCAUGGGUAAAUUAAAGAAUAUCUUUGUUACAGAUAUACUAUAUAUUAAUAUAUUACUAAUUGUGUGUGUGUGUGUCAGUUGUUCUCAGCGCUGGCUCCAGAGAGCGUUGGUGGAGGCCAGGAGUUUGGGGAGAUCAGAGAGCUAGCUAAAAGGCUGGCCAUGAGCUUCGGCAUAGACCUGCACCGCAUCCGCAAACCACUGGUGUCCCUGCACAUGUCAGUCAAACACACACAUGCUAAAUGUCAAUAUAUAAAUCAAUAUUUGUAUUGUCCCAAUUGAGAAAUUCAUUGUGCAGCCAGUAAUUUACAGAAACAUACACACACUUGACAAAAAAUCAGUUUAUGUCUAGCUGGUAUGUAGAACAAAGUGUUCUCUAUUGGUCAGGGAUGGUAUCCGGUUUGCGUUACGGGAGGCAGGAGAGGAGGAGCAACCCCCCAACCUGCCCUUCCUUGAGAUACUCAGCGAGUUCAGUUUCAAACUCCUACGUCAGGACCGAGCCCAGCUGUGAGUCACACACACACACAACAACUACACACAUCUAAGGAUAUGCAUGUCCUUUUCCUCACAUUUCACACACCCAAAAGAAACACAAAUAGAGCUAUCCAUUUGUUUCAGAUCUACAUGAAGUGCCUAGAGGAUAGUCAUGGCCUGAGUCUAUUUCUCCCUCCCUCCCUCUCUCCCUCCCUCCAUCUCCCUCCCUCCAUCUCUCCCUCUCCCUCUCUCCCUCUCUCCCCCUCCCUCCCUCUCUCUCUCUCUCUCUCUACGCCCUACUCUCUCUCUCUCUCUCCUCUCUCUCUCUCUCUCUCUCUCUCUCUCUCUCUCUCUCUCUCUCUCUCUCUCUCUCUCAGGUCAGCUUUCCUGAGUGCUGAGUGUGGCUCUCCUGCCCCCUCCUGGCCAUCUCUGAGGAUGUACCAGCGCUCUCUGCAGUCUGGCUCCUCCAAGCCCCGAGAGGAGGGGGAGAGGAGCGCCACGCUGUCCCCCCACAGCACCCCCGCAGCCAAACGCAGGAGGACCACCCCCCAGGGUCAGCAGCACACACACGUAUUAGUAACAAAGAGAUAAAAGUAUAGAGAGGUGAUUAUUGCCCUGAUGAACCAGAAUUCCAGAUUUUUGUGACCCACCUUUCUACAACCCCUGGCCUAAUGUAGUUGAUCUAAUGUGUUCAGAGGGGAUGGCUUGGACCAUUUGAAAAGGUGACGGGUUUGCUUAAAAAAAGGGUUGGAUAGGUGGAGUUUGGGAGCUGAGCAGAGAUCUAGGAGUUUUAACCCACAGAAAUCCUAUAAAAAUCAUGAGUUGUACUGUAUAUGUAAUUCUAUGGUUUGAACCCCUGACCUCUCCUCCAGGGUCAGUGUCCAGCGCUAGCAGAGGGCAAUGGCUGGACAGCAGCAGUAUCCACAGCAACCUGGCCACCCCAGGCCUCACCUCCACCGUGCAGAGACAGCCGUCCAAUCAGCUGCCCGUCACACAUAAUACACACGCCUCCACCACAGGCUCCGACAAGGGCAGCAUCAUCUCCGAACCCGAGUCUGAUGAGGACUUGUCAGUGGGGUAACUUUCACACCUUUUACCUUAAAAGACUAAACUAAAAACUAACUAAAUGUUUUUUCCAUAGCUAUACUACCCUACUUAUUUGCUUAGUGGAGCUAAAAUAUUUAAUUUGGCUCUCUACUCCAGCAUUUUGGAUUUAAGAUUAAAUGUUUUAUAUGAGGCAACAGUACAGAAUGUAAUAUUUUAUUUGAGGGUAUUUUCAUAUAUAUCUGUUUUACCGUUUAGAAAUUAAUGCACUUUAUAUAUCUAGUCCCCCCAUUUGAAGGUGUCAUAAGUAUUUGGACAAAUUCACUUAUAGUGUAUUAAAUUUAGUCACGUUUAGUAUUUGGUCCCAUAUUCCUAGCAGGCAAUGAUUACAUCAAGCUUGUGACUCUACAAAUUGGUUGGCUGGAUUUGCAGUUUGUUUUGGUUGUGUUUCAGAUUAUUUUGUGCCCUAUUGAAAUGAAUGGUAAAUAAUGUAUUGUGUCAUUUUGGAGUCACUUUUAUUGUCAAUAAGAAUGUAAUAUGUUUCUAAACACUUCUACAUUAAUGUGGAUGCUACCAUGAUUACGGAUAUUCCUGAAUGAAUCGUGAAUAAUGAUGAGUGAGAAAUUUACAGAGGCACAAAUAUCAUACCCCCAAGACAUGCUAACCAUUCACCAUUACAAUAACAGGGGAGGUUAGAUAUUUUUUGGGGGGGUGUAUGAUAUUUAUGCCUUUAACUUUCUCACUCAAUAUCCACAGCAGUAUCCACAGCAACCUGGCCACCCCUGGCCUCACCUCCACCAUGCAGAGACAGCCGUCCAAUCAGCUGCCCGUCACACAUAAUAUACACGCCUCCACCACAGGCUCCGAUAAGGGCAGCAUCAUCUCCGAACCCGAGUCUGAUGAGGACUUUUCAGAGGGGUAACUUUCUCACCAUUUACCCUAAAAAGAAAACAAAAUUACCUAGAUAUGUAUCUACUUUUUCCUUUGUUUCUUUCUUUCCUGGCAAUUCCUCCCCCCUUUCUCUGUCUGAAAACAUUUACAUUUGAGUCAUUUAGAAAGACGCUCUUAUCCAGAGUGACUUACAGUAAGUGCAUUCAACUAAAGUAGCUAAACAAUCACAUAUCACAAUCACUGAGUAAAACCUUCUCCAAAAAUAUAAGCAAUCUGCAAAAUUAGUGCUAGUAACAAAAUACAAUUGUAAAUGCAGGGAAACCCCUUACCCCUUACCUUAGAUCCUACUGGUGUUUGCAGAUGGGAAGAGACUGGAUAGGUGUAUGCAAUAUGAAGGAAGCUCCCCAUAAACCACUGGAAGGAGAGGUGGAGCCAUCAUAUUCCUUACACCUAUCCAAUCUCUUCCUAUUUGCAAACACCAGUAGUAUAUACCAGGAUAUAAUCAAAUUUUUUAAAUUACUAUUUAAUACUUUUUUUUUUUGGGGGGGGGGGCAUAUUUUUUCUGUUACAGACAAUGUGUUACUUGCAUAACCAAACUCCCCUGAGACACCAGCAGGGAGUGGGGUCACCACUGUCAAGCGCCCCUGGAGCAAUUAGGGUUAAGUGCCUUGCUCAAGGCCACAGAGACAGAUUUUUCACCUCGUCGGCUCUGGUAUUCGAACCAGCGACCUCUCGGUUACUGGCCCAACACUCUAAUCUCGAGGCCACCUGCCACCCAUUUGAGUUAAUUUAUGUAUUGAAAAGUGCAUUCAAAAUGUAAUUUAUUAUUAUUAUUGUUAUUAAACCUGUCCAGUUUGUUCAGAUCUACAAUCACUGAAGAGGGAAGGGGCUAGGGGUUGUUCCUUUCUGAAUAUGUUUUGACUUUGUAUCUUGUCCAGUUCACUGCAGCGCAAGGUGGAACCCAGGCGAAGGAGCAAGUUGCCUAUUGCACAAGCCAGCCCCUCUGCGCACUGUGACCUCGAAUCACAUCUCACCAUGUGAGUGUGUUUUUGCAUGAGUGUGUGUUUUGUGUGUUUUGUGUGUUUGCGUGUGUGUUUAGGGAGAAAGCAACAAUUAUUGUAUCUGAUCAUGUAAUGUGCAUACAAUCUUGCUUCCAAUUUCACUUAACAAAGUUAUAUUAACAUAAAAAGAGAAUUGAUGUGGCUGCAUUGGGGGGGUUUUCUGUUACAUUUGAAAGAGUUUGUGGUUUGAAAGACCCAUAUACAAUAUGUGUUAUUAGGCUGAGUCUGAUUGAGGAAGAUGACGAUGAGGAUGAUGAGGUGGAGGAAAAAGAGCCUGAGAUUGAGGACUUUGAGAGUGACGAUUCUGACCACGACACCGCCUUUACACUGGUAAAACACAAGCCCACUCAGAGUUGUUGGUGCACUGACCCUAAAAUGUCUACCAUUGUUGCUAUUCCUUUGUUCCUUCAUCUCUCUUUUUUCUCCAGCCGUCCACCCGUCGAUCCACCAGUUACUUAGAGGAGUUGUUUCAG